UGCACCGAUUCUUCGUAAAGCCCUGCCUUUUACCCUGGGGUGCCCCUGGGCUGCCUCACUUCCCACUCCCCGGAGUAUUCGGCCCCCUUUGUGUGUGUUUGGGGGUUGUGGCUGUUGUGGGGGAUGGGCCCCUUCAGACAGCAACAAAACUUCAAAGGUGCUGCAAACUCAGCUCCAGCUCUCCACACAACAAAUACUGUGGUUAAGAGUACUCCUUCUACUGCAGGUACCGCAGCGUGCUGAGUGGAUAUCAUGGCUCAGACCCUGCAGAUGGAGAUUCCGAACUUUGGAAAUAACAUUCUGGAAUGUCUGAAUGAGCAGCGGCUGCAGGGCUUGUACUGUGAUGUUUCCAUUGUUGUCAAGGGACAGGCGUUCAAGGCGCACCGGGCAGUCCUGGCGGCGAGCAGUUCCUACUUCCGGGACCUGUUCAGCUCAAAUAACUGCUCGAGCUUUGAGCUGCCCACAGCUGUCCAGCAGCAGUCCUUCCAGCAGAUCCUGUCCUUCUGCUACACCGGCAGGCUUAGCAUGAAUAUGGGCGACCAGUUCCUCCUGAUGUACACGGCCGGCUUCCUCCAGAUCCAGCAGAUUAUGGACAAGGAGACGGAGUUCUGCCUGAAGGUCAGCUCGCCGCAGUGUGACUCGCAGGGGCUCCAGGCAGAGGAGACUGCGUCCGAGCCGCCGAGCCCUGCCCAGCCCCCCCGAUCGCUGGCCGCCACCCCGCUGUCGCUUGUGUCGCGUGUGAAGACAGAGCACGGUGAAUCAGACUCCGUGCAGUUCACCCCCAUUGGCAAGCGGCUGUGGGACAACGGCCCGAGAGAGGGGAAUGGCAGCGUGGGACCCAAGCUCCCACGGGUCUCCCACGGAGGACCAGCAGGGAGGCAACAGAGCUGCGGAGGAGGCGGGCCAGGCAGCGCAGACCGCACCAGCCCGGGCACCUCCAGUGCUUACACCAGUGACAGUCCUAAUUCCUACCAGAAUGAAGAGGAUGAGGAGGAAGAGGGCAGUGAAGACAUGGCAGAGGAACACUACAGGCAGAUUUGUAACAUGUACACAAUGUACAGCAUGAUGAAUGUAGGACAGCCAGCGACCGAGCGGGUUGAAGCUCUGCCCGAUCACUUGACCACAGAUGCCCGCUCAAGGGUCAGGAUGAGGAGAGAUCUGGCAGCAUUACCAGCUGAACUGAUCACCCAGAUUGGAAACCGAUGCCACCCCAAGCUUUACGCAGAGGGUGACCCCACCGAGAAGCUUGAACUUGUAACAGGAACCAGUGUCUUUAUCACUCGAGCCCAGUUAAUGAAUUGUCAUGUCUGUGCAGGAACCCGCCACAAAGUCCUACUCCGAAGGCUGCUUGCAUCCUUCUUUGACCGGAACACACUGGCAAAUAGCUGUGGCACCGGAAUCCGCUCCUCCACAAAUGAUCCGAGCAGGAAGCCUUUGGACAGUCGGGUUCUCAAUGCAGUAAAAAUCUACUGCCAGAAUUUUGCCCCCAACUUCAAGGAGAGCGAGAUGAAUGCCAUUGCCGCGGACAUGUGUACCAAUGCUCGGCGUGUGGUCCGCAAGAGCUGGAUUCCCAAGCUGAAGCUGCUGAUGGUGGAAGGGGACGCCUACCACUCCUUUAUCUCGGACACUACCGGGCUCAAUCUGGAACCGGAUGUACUGAAUGCAGAGCAGGGUUUUGAGGCUGCCAGCCAUGAGGGUGAGGCGGGAUCUUCCUUGGAGUCAGCCCAAUGACAAGAAUGUUGUGGAAGAAGGUGUCAAAAUCCAGGGUUCAACCUAGAAUGGCUCGUGAAAUGCAGAAUGGCAAACAAGCUGGCUUCUUAACACACUCAAGUAGCGCAGAGACAGCAAGAACCUAUUUAUUCUGCAUCAGUGAGUCUUAAAGAUGUGAAUGGGGUGGAGAUGGGGAAAGGGUACUAUAGGUUAGGUAUUGCACAAUUCCAAGGGUUGUGGGUGGGUGGGGCACUUGUUAAAUGUUAAUGCCCUUUACCUUGAGACUCCGCCUAGGUUGAACCCUGAAAGCUUGUAGCCUAGAUUAAUCGGGCAGGUUGAGACAUCUGUCCGAAAUGAAGACAGUUACUCUUCCAACUCUCAGCUUGGUUUCCCGGUCCUCCCCUCCCUCUCUCUAUCUGAAGAUUUGAAGGUGACUCUGUUACGUGUUAAUGGGAAAACCAGAAGUUGACACAAACUUUGUGUCUUGUGCAUUUUUUUUUGGUUGUUUUACUAAAUCGACACUAUGGUAAUAUUUAAUAGUAGUCUCAUUAAGCUACUGUCUUGAAGGAUUUUUUGAACUGCUUUUUAAUCGCAUUUGCAAUAAUCUCUUAACACUUUGUGGACUGUCUAGCAGCUCUUGUUGAAUAGAGUUUUAACUAGUGAGUAAAGGCAGACGUCACACACUGAGAUUGCUGCUCCAUGCUACUUAACAUUUGCUAAACUUUGUAUCAAUGAAGGUUUUGAUUGCAUUAAUUAUACUGCAGAUUUUCUCUGCUAAAGCAUGUAACUUAAUUUGGAGCUGCAUCUUCAUGUUUUACCAAAGGGUUCCAACUGAGUCAUCUUCCCUCGAAACUAAUUUAAAACAAUCAAUGCCUCCCCACUUAUUUCAUCAUGUCGUAAUAGAUCCCGUUAAAUUAUUUUCAAAGUCCUCCAUUCGGUAUGUUAGCCUCUCAUCAUCCUUUUGUAUAUCCCUCGGGUGCUUGCAGGAUGAGGGUGUUGCUAGCAAGUCCAGCGUUUGUUACUUGUUUCCAAUUGCCCCUUAAACUGAUUAUAUACUGGAAAUGAACAAGGAAUGCUAAAUUUACUUCUCUGCUUGAUACGGUGGGUUUUUCUGCAGUAAUCUUGUUUUCAAGGUUACUAUCACUGAUUCUAGCUUUUCAUUCUUAAUUUAUAUAAUACUGACAUUAAAAUCCACAGCUGCUGUGGUGAGAUUAGAAGUCAUAAAUUUAGAUCAUUAACAUCUCCAUUGUUAGCCAGUUAACUUAAAUUCCGUUUUGCUGUAACUCUAGUUAACGUAAAGCAUGUAAUCUACUUGUCAUAGGCAGAAAAAAAAACAGGGUAGAUAGAGAGAGAAAAUAUUCUGUAACUCCUCUCCAUAUCAGCAAGAAGCAGGAAUUCAGUACAGGCCAUGGACGGGUUAUCCAAAUGAUCUUCUUGCUUUCUGUGUGAGCGGUCUGGCUGUUAUUGGGGCACUGUGUAACAUCUCUCAUGAGUGUCUUUCUUUCAAUCAAGUUACAACAAUCAUUUGGGUCCAGAAGUUCUAAAAAAAUAAAACCAAGCAGUAUUCCCACAGUUCAAGCCUUUCCUUGGAAGGCUGACCAGUUUUAGCCUUUACUUACAAAAUUGAGCUAAAAUACACUGUGUCCAUUUUAUUAGGUACUAGAGUGGAACUUCGUGUGGUCUUCUGUUGCUGAAGCCCGUAUACUUCAAAGUUCAACAUUUUGUGCGUUCAAAGGUGCUCUUCUGCACACCACUGUUGUAACGUAUUUAUUUGAGUUACUGUUGCCUUGCUGUGAACUUGAACCAGUCUGGCCAUUCUCCUCUGACCUCUCUCUUUUACAAGGCAUUUUGGCCCCAGAACUGUGAUUUGAGCUUCCCAUUAUUCUCUGUAAACUCUAGAGACUAUAUGUGUGAAACUCUGAAGAGGUCAGCAGUUUCUAAGAUAUUCAAACCAUCCUCUCUGGCACCAACAAUUAUUUCACAGUCAAAAUCACUUAGAUCUCAUUUCUUCCCCAUUCUGAUAUUUGGUCUGAACAACAACUGAACCUCUUGACCAUGUCUGCAUGGUUUUUGUGCAUUGAGUUGCUGCCACAUGAUUGGCUUAUUAGUUAGUUGCAUUAACAAACAGGUGUACCUAAUAAAAUGGCCACUGUGUGUAGAUUGUUAUUCAAAUUUUUGAAAUCUGUAGAAUAGUGUAGAAUAGCAGUAAAGGAAUACAGCUCAGAGACCAGUAGGUGAUAAUAAAUGUUAAUGCUUCUUGACUGCAAACAUAUUCUCACAUACUCUAGGCUGGCUUUAGACUUCAGGCACAAGAUCUUCAAACCACUGUCCCCUCUGCUCCCAAAAAAAAAGACCAACUCAUUUUCACCAAACAGCUCCACAAUAAAACAAUUUUUUUAAGUAAUGUUUUCUCCAACAGAUAAAUGCAGUGGAUAAUGGCCACCCUCAUGCUGCAAUCUGCAGCAACUAUUAUAAUGUAGAUAGCAUCCCACAGCAGCAUUGGCAAAAAUUGAUGGUGAACUGUGUAACAAGAUAUUAGAGGAGAAGCUUGGUCGAGGAGGUCUGGAGAUGGUAGAGACGUGGAUAGCUUGGGCAAGGAAUUCCAGAAAUUGACCCCUUGGUAAUUGAAAAUGUGACUAUCAGUCAAAUCACUAAAGAACGAGGGGUUCAAAUUAAGAAGUUUGGACAAUAGAGAGAAAAAGAAUUUGAAAAAGGACAAAAACUUUAAAUAUGAACCAGUCUAUACCACUUUAGUUGGGAUACCGGCAGCAGAGUGGUCGAACUUACAUUUAAACAAAGGUAUAACUAGGAGGCUCGCCAUCAGAAUAGCAAGAUCUAUAACAAUUAACAAAUAAGCUAGGAAUAUGACCUUAUGUGAAAGGCUAUUUUAUCAUCAUCCCUGGGCUGGCACUUAAUUUGCAAAUAGUCCCAUGCUGCAGCUCAUUUCCCAUCACUCCUCAGUUACAUACUUUUCCUUCCAAAUAGAGGCAUAAAGCAUUACAGCACAAAAACAAAUUGUAAAGUUCAUCUAGUCCAUGCUGAACUGUGAUUCUGCCAAGUCCCGUUGACCAAAACUUGAAUCAUACUGCUCCAUUCCCCUUCCAUACAACCUAUCCACACUUCUGUUGAAUGUUUCAAUUGAACCUGCAUCCACCAUUUCCACUGGCAGCUCGUUCCACUCUCUCACUACCGUCCGAGUGAAGAAGUUCCCCUUAAGAAUUUCAUCCUUAACCUAUGGCCUCUAGUUCUAGUCCAAACCAUCCUCAGUUGAAAAGGUGUGCUUGCAUUUACCCUAUCUAUACCCUCAUAAUUUUGUAUACCUCUAUCAAAUCUCCCUCUCCCUCUCCCUCCUAUACGCAAGGGAAUAAAGUCCUAACCUAUGAAACCUUGUAAAUUUCCCCUGUACUCUUUCAAUCUUACUGAUAUCUUUAUAGUUUUCCCAUUCAAUGUAUUCCAGGUCAUUGUUUUUUUAAUUUAAAUAUGCCUCAUUGCUCCGAAAAUCCUUUUCAAUGUUCUAGUUGUGGAUCACUCAAUUCUAUUAAAGCCUCUCCAUAACUUUGACAAUCCCCAUUAAAUCUCACCUCGACCAUGAAUUACCUAUUUGUAAUUGGAAGUCUGGUUUAUCAUUAUGGGUGUGAAACAGGCAGAAGGUCAAAGAAAUGGUGUGAUAAUUUAGUCACUGGUCUUGACUUCUGGGAGCAUAGAACUAAAUAGUGUUCAAAAUUGUAAUAGAAGUAAGACCAUAAGAUAUAGGAGCAGAAUUAGGCCAUUUGGCCCAUUGAGUUUGCUCCACCAUUUCAUCAUGGCUGAUCCAUUUCCCUCAGCCCGAAUAUCCUGCCUUCUCCCCGUAUCUCUUCAAACCCUGACUAACAAAGAACCUAUCAACCUCUGCUUUAUCUAUACCUAAAGACUUGGCCUCCACAGCCACCUGUGGCAAUGAAUUCUACAGAUUCACCACUCUCUGGUUAAAGAAAUUCCUCUUCAUCUCGGACGUCCCUCUAUUCUGAGGCUGUGUACUCGGGUCUUAGACUUUCCCAUAGGAAACAUCCCCUCCCCAUCCACUCAAUUGAGGCCUUUCAACAUUCGAUAGGUUUCAACUAGGUCGCUCUUCGUUCUUCUGAAUUCUAGUGAGCACAGGCCCAGAGUCAUCAAAUGCUUUUUAUAUAACAAGCCAUUCAAUCCCAGAAUCAUUUUCGUGAACCUCCUUUGAACCCUCUCCAUUGUCAGCACAUCCUUUGAAAUUGAAAUGGCAUAAAACUCUUCCAGCAGUUGCCACAGCAUAACAUAUUGUGCAUAAUUUUGAGCUGUGAGGUGGCUCCCUUGUAAAAUUGACAAAUAUCAUAUUGAGUGUGUUGUGUUAGUGGCGAGGUGGUGUAGGAGAGUCCACAGCUGUAUCAGACACUACCAUACCUGUUCUGAAAUUCGUGAUGUCCAUGUUAUGUGUUUUUUCACUUUAAUACAAAAUGGCCUGAGUAUAUGCUCCCAUAGCCAAAGUCACUGAUAUGAAAUACAGCACUUGGGCUGUGUACGAGAUUGACAUGCUCGAAGUAAAAUGCUGUGCCAUUUUAAAUAUUUCUUGAAAAGUGAAAAUUACUUUAACUGAUGAGAAGCUGACACAAUAUAGGGAAAGCAAAAGAGAAAAUUACUACAUUUCCAAAGUUUAAAGGACUUAAAAAGUAAUGCAGUUCUUUUUUUAUUAUUAUAGAGUAAUGUAGCACGGAAGUGGGACCUUAUGCUCAACUCAUCCUUACUGACCACAGAAUCCUCCCUGUUAGUCCCAGUUGUCCAUAUUCCGCACCAUAACCCUCCAGGUCCCUCCCUGCUGUGUACCUAUUAAAUUUUGAAGCUGUUCCACCGUUGUCAUAUAGGAAAUCAGUUGGACCUACCGGGUUCUUCAGAUAGCCAUGUGACUGUGUCUAGAUAGCCUGUUCAGUGAUACUGGCUGAGGGAAAAAUAAUGGGCCAGUAAUGGGAAAAGCUCCCCUUGUUCAUCUGUGAAAUAGUACCAGAUUUGUGUUAAGGUGGGGAGCUGUUUAAUAUCUUAGCUGAAAAGAUGACACAUAACACUACUGCACUUCCUUAGUACACCACCAGAGCAUCAGUGAUGAAGUCUCCACAAUCAAUCUGCCUGAUGAGGACUUUACCAUCAGAACCACACUUGAUCUUUAGAGCGGGAGAGAGAAAGACUCUGGUGGUGAAUAUCCAUUUUCUCAUACCGUUCUAUAAAAUCUUAAUUUUAUGGGUUUGAAAUUUUUUAAAAAUGUUUUGAGGUCUGUUGUACUGAAUCUAGGCUAGGUUCUUUUAUGUCCUCAAAGAACAGCACAGCCAUUAGAAGGCUUGUAUUGAUAGCAGGUGAUUGCUGCCUUAGUUACUAUGGUCAUUGUUGCACAGGGCAUUUGGCAAUCUCUUUCUUUAAUUAAAAUAUACUGUUCCAGUAAAGACCACAAUAGAGACCAAGUCCAUUAUAUAUAGUCUUGUUCCAUUCUAAAACUACUGCUGGUUUUCCUUGUCCUCCUGUUUUAACUGCUGGUUAAUGGUCAAUAUAACUAAGCCAUCUGCACACCAGUAGUCAUUAUUUGCCUAUGCCAAGGUGUGGAUAAAAGAAUGCUUUCAAAAAAGAACCACAAGGUAAAGAAUCAUGGGAUAAUGUAAUUUUUGAAUACUGUGGCUACAGCAAGGACUGGAGAUUGAGAAUGCGUAUGUGUGAGAGAGACACAGUCAGAGAGAGAGAGAGAGAAAGUCUGAGUCUAUUGGGAACGUUUACUAACUGACUCUACAAUCCAACAUUCCAUAAUUAGGCUGGUACUUGAAUAUGGACUAUUUAAGCUAGAGCUAUUAUCUUGUAGUGCCAGAAACAUGGUUUAUUCCUGAGCUCUACUACUGUCUAGAUAGAUAGUUAGAUACUUUAUUGAUCUCAAAAGAAAUUACAGUGUCACAGUAGCAUUACAAGUGCACAGAUAUACAAAUAUUAGAAGAGAAGUAAGAAAGAAUAAAUAAUAAGUUACCUCAAACAGCCUAACAGGAGGGGUUCAUCACUUCCCUAGCUACAGGUUGACUCGUUAUAGAGCCUAAUGGCUGAUGGUAAGAAUAACCUCAUAUAGCGCUCUUUGGAGCAGCGCGGUUUUCUUAGUCUAUUACUAAAAGUGCUCCUAUGUUCAGCCAAGGUGCAUGCAGAGGGUGAGAAACAUUGUCCAGAAUUGCCUGGAUUUUCCAUAGUUUCCUUUAUUCUACCACAGCCGUAGCACACCACCACAUAGAAGGUUGGACUAGUGACAACAGACUGAUAGAACAUGUGAAGGAGAGGCCUGCAUACUCCAAAGGACCUCAGUCUCCUCAGGAGGUAGAGGCAACUCUGGCCCUUCUUAUAUGCAGCCUCUGUGUUGGUGCUUCACUCAAUUCUGUCACCCAUGUGCACCCCCAGGUACUUGCAGGUCCUCACUAUCAAUAGCAACAGGGAGCAAUGCUGGCUUAGUCUUCCUCAAGUCCAUCACCAUCUCUUUGGUUUUACUGAUGUUGAGCUGCAGAUGAUUCAGCUUGCACCAUUUGACAAAGUCCUCCACCAGGGCCCUGUAUCCAUCCUCCCGUCCUCCCUUUAUACACCCAACUACUGCUGAGUCAUCAGAGAAUUUCUGCCGAUGACAUGACUCAUUGUUGUAUCUAAAGUCUGAGGUAUACAAGGUAGACAGGAAGGGAGCCAAUACAGUCCUCUCCAAGGCCUCAAUACUGCUUAUAGCCAUAUCUGACACACAGCUCUGAAGCUGCACCAACUUUGUUUUGCCAGUCAGAUAGUCCAUUAUCCAGGAUCCAAUGGAAAUGCCAGCCUGCAUUAAACAGAGAUUUUCCCCCAGCAAUAAAGGGUGACUGUGUAAAGUUUACAUGUUCUCCCUGUUCCUGUCCUCCAUAUGGGUUGGUAGGUGAAUUGGUCACUGUAAAUUGCACCUGGUAUGUAAAUAAGAGGCAGAAUCUAGGGGGUUGUUGUUGGGAAGAAUAAAAGAAAAUGGAAUUACUGUAGAAUUAACAAAUGGACGUGUGAUGGUCAUUGUUGACUGUGUAGACCAAAGGGCCUGUCUCCACGCUGUAUCUCUGUCUGACUGAGAAUGGCCCCAAAGGAACAAGCCACUGCAGGAGUCACGUGCUGGUUCUGGUCACUGUUGGGUUCAAAUAAUUGCAUCUUGUGAAGAUAAUAGAUUGUUGAUCUCUUGCCAUGUUGAAUAUUGCCUUUGGUGAGUGGAGAUCACUUGAAGCAUUUAUGCCAAUCACACAUUUCUCAACAUGUACAUAAUUUAUUUUCUUGAUCAGGGUGGGUAGGUGGUCCCCUUUUAGCAAAAUUCUUCUGUCACAAUACCCUACUUCAUUCUUGCCUCUUUUAUUAACAAAUUCUUCAUAUAACUAUUUCAGGGGGCAUAAACAAAAAAGGAAGCCAUGAGAGAGAAGGUUAUGACUAACUGCAUGAUUCAAUAGUGGGUUUGUUCUGUAUUAAAAAUGCAAAGGAAAAUCAACAAUUAGUUUUUCAAGCAAUUUAAGACACUUUUUCAAAAGGCUGUCGACUGAUGGUGAUCAUGUGAGUAACUAGUGUUAGGAGACUGAGAAAUCAUGGGUUGAAAUGCUUAGGUGUAUAUAUUUUGCCACAGUGAAGUCUAGUCAACUAGUCAGAUAGGCUGGUAUCAUGAAGGGGAUUUUACUUUUACCACACAACAAACUGUUCUGAGCUUGUACAGUGGCAAUUGUGGAGGGAAAAGAAACAUUUUCAAAUUUCAGGGAAGAUUAACUGAGGAAGAAUUUCAUGGAGAAAUAACUGAGAAGUUCUGGUAAAUCAACGCAUCCCAGUAUUCGGUUUUGCUUUGUAUAGUAUUCUGUUUCUCCGCCAUAGGGUACCAUCAGACCUUCCUUGUGCAUGUUAAAGUCUUACAGUUCCAAUUGUUAUUUGCAAGAAUCUUGUUUGAGGGUCUGUGGAUUGGGACUGUGAGGUCUAGUUCUCUGCUGAUUCAUCAUAAGCUCCAAGGGCUUACAUCGGAUAAACGGGGAGAUACAUUGAAAAAUAAGAGUGCACGUAUUUCAUACUGCCCAUAGGGUAAUACAUUCCAGUUUCCUUCCUGUGGUAAAAUAAACACACUCAGCCAGUCAGAUGGCUACUGUAGAGAAGCUGUUGUGUUCAUGAUCCUUUAUGAAUAACAGGUAAAAUUAAACUCAAGCAUGUUUUUAUUUGCAGGGUAGGUGGAGAGAUCAAAGGAAAUGUCUGAGUGGGGUGGAGAAUUAAGAUGACAGUCAAUUGGAAGCUUAGGGUCAAGUGGUGAUUGGAGAUUGAUUGCCAGUGCUGCUGGUGGUGGUGAUGUUUUGUUGAUCACAGCUGAACUGUCUAAAGGAGCUGCAAGUAGGGAAGAAAACAGAGAGGCAAAAAUAGAUAUCAUCAUCCAAGUGAUACAAAUAUCAAAACUGCUGGUACCUUCUUGAAUUCGAUGAGACCCAAGGACUGUAAUAUGUUCAGUUGGAAAGACGAGGUGGUGUUUGUCAAGCUUGAGCUGGGCUUUAUUGGAACAACGCAAAAGACCAGACAUAAAAGCCUGUGUGGGAUAGAGUUAAGAUGAGAGGCAAUUGGAAGCUCAGUGUUCUCUGUGAAGACUGAACAGAGGUGUUGCAUGGUAUAAUCAUCCAGUCUGGAUUUGUUCCAAUAUUGACGUGAAUACCAAGCAGAAGCCCAUGCUGUAUCACUGUGACUGCAAGUAAAGGGGGAGUGUUUGGGUCUCUAGAUGGUGGGAAGGGAAGUGGUAAAAUAUUAGAUUCUACACCUUGUGUGUCUGUAAGAGAUGAUGCUGUACAAAGUUGGGGCGGAUGUGGGUGGAGAUGAAAGAGUGAGCCAGAGGGGCAUGAAAUAAACGGUUCUUUCAGAGUGCUGCAAGUGGAGAGAUUGGGGUGACCCAUUUUGAUGUGGUAUCACGUCUAAGAUGGCAGAGUGUGCUCUGUUGAGUGUGGAGGCUGGAGGGAUGGAAAGUGAGGACAGUAAGGGCCCUGGGUCAGAAGAGAGCACAUGAGAGGAGCUCUGUAGGAAACAAAUUAAAUACAGUGGAGAGCUCUGUCGACAGUGGUGGAGUCACGGCCAUAGCUAAGGAAAAGGAAGGCUCCUUGAGAACAUUGGCACGAAAGAUGUCACCAGCAUGGAUGUGAUGGAGCCAGAGAAAUUGGGAGAAUGAAAUGGAAUACUUGCAGAAGACAGGGUGGUAAGAGGCUUUAAGAUUAUAAUGCUCUUCAUCUAAUGCAGUGUAAAAUGCCUCUAUCAUAUAUCUCUCACCCCUCUUGCAAUAAGGGCACCAAAGUAGUGUAAUGGAGAUCCCAUAUUAAAUCUAUUUUAAUGCAAGGUAAAAUACCUUAGUUCUACGCUUUGUUUCUGCAUUUAAGGAAUGUAAUUAGGGAUGUUUGAUCAAGGUAGAGGGGGCUUCUCCUCACACCUGACCAUUGCAUCCCAACUUAGGAAUGUAUGAUGCUGAUACUGAAGCAAUUUAGAUUUUAGAAACCGUAGAAACAUCAUUCAGAUGGAAGUAUUUUUUUUGUUGUUGGAAAAUUGUAUUCAUUGAAAUGUUAUCCCUUCUCUGUAAGAUCUGCAACCAUCACAGUCAGUGAAAGAUUAAAUGUAUUACCUAGAUGAGAGAGGAGCUUCCUUAAUUCACCGUUCUAAUAUUUAAUGUAUAUUCAUCACUUGACUAAAGAUAAUGCUCCAAAAUAGUUGUACCAUAACUGCAUCCAAAUUUGGGCAUUUUUAUUUCAAAAAUAUUAGUGUGCUAACAAAAUAUGGCUAACCACUGACUGCACUGACUGCAAAAUGUGAGAAUUCAUUUGGGUGUAAUGAAUCCUAAGUGGCAUGAUUAAUGAGAUUACAUGUAACUGGAAUGAAUGGGAAGUAAUUUAAUUGACAGAGGUCUGUUAAGUGAUAUUUAAUGGGAAGUGGAUUAAGGAGUAGAAGUCCUUUUAUUUGGAGUAAAUGGGAAAUGGCUGGGUCCAUGAAAUUCUGUACUUUGAGACUUAAGGUUCAGUGAUUUCACUGUAAUAUUGAGUGCUGGUUUAAACAAUUUAUUUGAAGUUCCAGCCUUCAAUAUGCCACACAGCCUUGAUGAGCAGCAGUACAGUUGGUGUAUUAAUAAGGUGGCAGGCUGUAACCUGCUUUUUAAAAACAGAUAUAAACCACAUUUGGACUGGUAUAAGCAAGUCACAAAACAAAAAUUAUCAAUGGGAUAAGAAUGUAAAGGAGAAACAAAUCAUCAGGAUUUCAAACAAUGGGGCCAGUGGUAGGAAACAAAAUAUAGAUUUAAUACAUGUAUCAAUUUUUAGCAGUUUCUCCAUUUGUGAAAUACAUAACUCUGGGAAUCCUGCAAUUAAGAGCCUGCUCUACGCUCUGGCCUGAUGAAGUUGGGCUCGAAGAACUGAACAAAAAUGGGUUUAAAGAGGGUGCCAGAAUUGUCUUUGGCCAUCCCAAUAAAAUCCAUCUAUUAUCUAUUAAACUUCUCUCUCACCUGAGAAGGCAAUUCGAACCUGAUGCCUGCACUUUUACCUGCAAUCUCUAAUGAACGUUUUUUAAAGCUACUUUAAACAAAAUAAUUUAAAGCAUUUUAGGCUAAUAUGUAUAUAUAGUUCUUAUUUGGCUUAACUGCUGUCAAUUUAAAUUUAGUUCAGAGAGGUGGGGGUGGAGAUUAUCAUACAAGUCCAGGUUCUUUGCUGAAGGCUUGUCGCUGUUGCCUUACAUGUAUAUCAGUGUCAUCUCUGUUGUUCAUGCAGAUCUGCAUUUUUAAUAUCAUAACAGUUUUGUACAAAAUACUUGUGCAUAAAUUUUUUUCCAGCUGCUGCUUAUAAUGACUGAUACUUGUAAAGUUUGUGUAUCUCAUAGCCUGUGACUAUUAAAAAGGCAAGUUUUUUCCUUCUCGCUUAGUUUACUCACUGCCUAACCUCGAAGCUAACAUGGGUGUCUUUGCAGAAACAAUUUCCAUUAAUCUAGCACAAUCAAAAUAUUCCAGGGACCGUAACUUUAAAAAGGGCAUUUAAUGAGAGGUCUAGUUUUUAAAGAGAACUGCAUCGAUUUGGAGACAGAUGCUGCAUCUGAAGCAGGAAGCAAUAUGCUCUAUCCACCUGUUUCUCAUUCCCUUCCUUCACCGGAUUGCAUCUACUGACUAUCCACAUAUUUCACCCACCUUCUCCAGGUUGCAUCUGCCAUUCACAUCUCCUCGACUGUCUAUCCUACCCUACCAUUAUCACCUGCCUUACUUAUUAGAUUCCAUCUCUGGUAUCCUUUUGUGCUGCUGCUUGCCACCCUUCAGCAGCUGUCUCCACCUUCAUCCUCCCCUUUCCCCCAUUUGGCUCCAUCUGUUAUGUCUUCCACCUCCACCCCUCUCCUUGCCCUCUUUGGCUUAAACUGCCUGUCAUCCAAUCCCCUGUCUCUCUCCCUUGCCCCCUCUCCUCUCUACAAGCUGUCUCUCUAACUCAGACAUGAUCCAAAACUAUUGACAAUUCCUCCCCACCCCACCACUCGCGAGCUGUUUAAUGUGCACUGAGUUCCUCCAGCAGAUUCUUUGUUGCAGCAGAGGUUAGGACCUUGGCAGCUGGAGACACUGUUACUGGAAAUGAAGCCACUACAUUUGAGAAUGAACAAUAUCAGAAUUUUGGCUGUGCAAAAAUCUCAGGUCUGUAAGGCUACAGAAGGACAAGACAGGAUGGCGGGGAGUAGGAAGAUUGAGACAUUAGAAAAUAGAACAGUACUGUAUAGGCCUUUGGCCCAUGAUGAUGCACUGAACUUCUAACCCACUCCAAGAUUAAUCUAAUGCUUCCAUCCCAUAUAGCCCUCAUCUUUCUUUUAUCCAUGUGCCUAAGAGUCUCUUAAAUGUCCCUAAUGUAUCUGCCUCUACCAGCAGCCCUGGCAGUGCAUUCUACACACUUAUCACUGUGUAUAAAAAGAAUCUUCCUCUGAAAUCCCCUCAACACUUUCCUCCAAUCACCUUAAAAUUAUGCUCUUUCAUAUUAGCUGUUUUCACCCUCUGGAAAAUCAACACCCCGCUGCUAAAACUUUUCUGGCAUUGUAUGAGAAUGGAUAAGAACCACAAGUUUAUAAAAAUGUUUCUUUAUCAUCUUAAACACCUCUAAUCCUCCUCCACUUCGAAAGACCUGGCUUGUUCAAUGUCUCCUUAUAAAGCACGCUCUCAAAUCCAGGCAGCAUCUUGGUAAAUCUCCUCAGUACCCUAAGACUUCCACAUUAUUCGUAUAAUGCAGUCCAUUGCACUACCUCCUGGGGAAGCAGGUGGA